AGACUAUAAACAUGAUGUUGGUAGGGGCCGAGAGAGGAAGGUGGGUGGGGUGGAUUAGAUUAAGUUGGUCCAAAUUCAAGGGAUCACUCGCGGGAGGCUGGGGUGACAGAUCAAAAAAUGUGUUGGUGUGAGCGAGCGAGCGAGAGAGCGAGAGAGAGAGAGAGAGAUGUUCAUGGUCAUGCAAUCAGAAAUGCAGGUUGUUUCAGCCGCUGGUCAUAAUAUUACCCUUAAUUCUCCGUAACCCAGCCUCCAAUAAGCCAUUGGGGUUCUGGAUCGGUUGCUGCGCCGUUCGGCUGCUUUGGCUUUUUUUUUUUUGGACCGACUGCAGUUUGGAUUGUAACUUGACCACAAAGAUUGCGUUCAAAGACAUGCACUGGAAGUCGGACUUUGGACUUUAAUGUGACGACUGAGCAGGGACGGGACUCAGAGAAAGGGGCGGGUGGUGAUGGGAAACAUCAACAAAACGUCUGGGAAAAAAAGUAACAAGGGGGCGUCGCCUGUAGAGAGGAGCGGGGCCCCGCUGGCUGCGGCCAUGCUGGGGGACCUGAAAGAUGCAGGUGAGAUGGACACCGAAGAAGAUGAAGACAGAGGAAGCGAGCCGGAGUUCGACGAGCCGCUGUGUGCUCUGGUUAAGAACUGCAACAUGCUGCACAACAUUGUGGGGCCCGCUUGCAUCUUCCUCAAGCAAGGCUUUGCACAGAGCCAGAUCGACCGAGACCUGCGGCCUGAAGAGAUGGAAGAGCUCCGUGAGGCGUUCAGGGAGUUCGACAAAGACAAGGAUGGCUUCAUCAGUUGCAAGGAUCUUGGCGAGUGCAUGAGGACGAUGGGGUACAUGCCGACAGAGAUGGAACUGAUCGAGCUCAGCCAGCAGAUCUGUGGCGGCAGAGUAGACUUUGAAGAUUUUGUCGAGUUGAUGGGUCCGAAGAUGUUGGCUGAAACCGCAGACAUGAUCGGAGUCAAAGAGCUUCGGGAUGCCUUUAAAGAGUUUGACUCGGAUGGAGAUGGCCAGAUCAGCCUCGGGGAGCUGAGAGAAGCCAUGAAGAAGUUGAUGGGCGAGCAACUAAACCACCGUGAGAUCGAUGAGAUUCUACGUGACGUCGACCUCAACGGGGACGGCGAGGUGGACUUUGAAGAGUUUGUGCGGAUGAUGUCUCGCUAAACAAAACCAUCUUCGCUGCACUGAAUGGGGGCUGCAUACCACCUUCUUGUCGUUCUCCUCCAUAUAGUACACAUUUCCUUUUUAUCCAUCCUUCCAUUCUCUACAUGUUUUACUGUCAUGUGAGUAUUAACUGUGCUACUGUUGUAACAUUAAAGGCAGGAUAGAAUGAGGUUAGGGUUCGGAGGGUGCGUAGGGAGAGAGAUGACUUUGAAUGUAACAAACCAGCAGUACAAUUAUGGGGUGUAGUAUAUGCUGCUAUCUCAUACAUGUGUAGUUAUUUCAAAUAGCAAACAGACCAAAAAUACAUUGUGUAGAGGUAAAUUCCCAGUUGCAUGUGGUGAGGCAAAACAUUUGUGUUAUUACCUUUUGUGUGUAUGAAGUACAUACAUGUACCCUAUCCUUCUCCUGGGAAAUCACACACAAAACGAUGGCUCUUCCUUUCUAUGGAAGGACGGCAGUGACAAGCACCUUCCAGCUAAUGCACACAGGAUGAGAAGAGUACUGCAAUGCCUCCACGUAUGACAUUUCUAUGUAUUUUAUUGUCUGAUUAUGGUAAUGGUUUUAUUUCAUUUGAACAUGCAUCAGAUUACAAUUGAAUGCAUCCCAUAAUCAGUUCACAGUUCCACAUGUCCAAAAGGAGUAGGAAGAAGCAAAGCUUAUUAAAUCCUACCUCUCCAUCUGGUACUUUUACAAUCAGUAAAUUUAAUUUAAUUUAAUUUAAUUUAAUUUAAUUUAAUUUAAUUUAAUUUAACAAAAUAUAACAUUUAUAUAAUUUAAUUUCUUUUGUUAAACUGUUACAUUUGUUCACUUCCUGCUUUCCUAAUAUAAUUUAAGUGUUUUUAAAUUUAUAAUUUUAUUUUUUUAUUAAAAAUUAUAUUAAUUUUAAAUUUUAAAUUUAUAUAAUUAAAAAAAAAAUAAAAUUACAAAUUUUAAAUUUUUAAGAUGCAUUCAUGGCCUCAUACGUGGCCUAACACAAAAUUGGAUUUUUUAAAACUCAUUACAAAAGGCGUGCAUUUUCCCCACUCGGGUGUUAAAAAAUAUUCAAGCAUUGCAAAGGGAGCCACAACAAAGAGACUGAAGAGCCACAUGCAGCUCUACAGUCGUGGGUUGCUGACCCCUGGGUUAGAAUGUUUUAAAUGCACUUGGGAUUUUUAUUCCGGCUCCUUAGAGACAUUGCACAGCCUGUACACAGUCAUGGUCUAUAAUAAAUGUUUUAUUCUAAAUUAAUUCUAUUAAUACCAGUUAUGAAUUAAUACCAAUACCACAGAGAUGACAACAUAGCAAUAUUUCCAUCCCAGUGGCUGUUGUUGAACGGUAAUAUCACCCUUGUGUUUUUUUUCCAUCAAGUAGCCUCUUUUCACAAGCAUGUUCAGUUCUACUGCUGUAUCAUACAUACAUUCUACUAGUACACAAUAUGUAUGAAAUAUGCUUUUCAUACAAACUAAAUAACACAAAUGUGUCUCCUUUAUACCUCAGUGUAAAAGCUAUACCUCUGUAAAUACAUGGAAUACCUCUCUUUUCCUUGAUCAGGUGGGAAUGUACUCAGAUGGUUUCAAAUAAAUAUAUUUGAAGUGUUUGAGGAAAUAAAUCUAUUUUUACAUGUUGUGCAUCAGCUUAGUAUGAUAGGUCAUUUGAAAUAAAUAUGAAUAGCAUUG